AGCCAGUAUAUUUCGUCUCUUGCGAAAGAGAAGGUAAACUGAUUGCGUCUGACACGCACAUGCCUGCAGCUCCAGUCACUGACUCACAGAUCAACACACGCUUUCCGCUUCAGCUGCCUUUCACUUCUGACUGACUGACUGUCACACGGAAUCGCUAUACCUGUACCUUACAUCCCACAAGGACAUAUACUGUAAAAUUUCACCAUGAGUGAGGAGACUGAGGUGUGGGCGUAGCUGUUCAGUGGAGCAAGAAGCAAGAUAUCACAAGCACAUCAUUCACACUCCCAAAAAAUAGACGAUGGGUGAAUUCGAAGAUGAGAAGAUCCAGACAGGACGGCUAUUUGAGAACUUUGUUCAGGCCACUGACUGUAAAAGUACCCUGCAAGCCUUCAAUAUUAUGUGCAGUUACCUGGAGCUUGACCCUCUGGAGCACACCACCUUCUACAGCAGCCUGAAGAGCGCUGUGACAUGCUGGAAAGCCAAAGCCCUUUGGAGUAAGCUGGAUAAGAGAGCCAGCAACAAAGAGUACAAGAAAGGCAAAGCCUGUGAGGGCAUUAAGUGCUUGAUAAUUGGAGGGGGCCCCUGCGGCUUGAGGACCGCCAUCGAAUUAGCUUUCCUCGGGGCCAAAGUGGUGGUGAUAGAGAAGAGAGACACAUUCUCCAGGAACAACGUCCUACAUCUCUGGCCCUACACCAUUCAUGACCUCAGGGCCUUAGGAGCCAAGAAGUUCUAUGGAAAGUUCUGUGCUGGAGCAAUAGACCACAUUAGCAUUCGGCAGCUCCAGCUCAUGGUCCUGAAGAUCGCUCUGCUUCUGGGUGUGGAGUUUCACGUUAAUGUGGAGUUCGUCAAGCUGGUGGAGCCUCCAGAGGACCAGGAGAAUGAGGGGCCGGGCUGGAGGGCAGAGAUCCGGCCUGCGGAUCAUCCUGUGGCUGACUUUGACUUUGACGUGGUGGUGGGAGCUGACGGGAGACGGAACUCUUUAGAAGGGUUCAGGAGGAAGGAAUUCCGUGGCAAACUGGCCAUCGCCAUAACAGCAAACUUUAUCAACAGAAACACCACCGCUGAGGCAAAGGUCGAGGAGAUAAGUGGAGUUGCCUUCAUCUUCAACCAGAAAUUCUUUCAGGAUCUCAAACAGGAAACCGGGGUUGAUUUAGAGAACAUCGUCUACUACAAAGACAACACACACUACUUUGUCAUGACAGCUAAGAAGCAAAGCCUGCUGGACAAGGGCGUCAUCAUUCAUGAUUAUAUCGACACUGAGGCACUGCUGAACAGUGAGAAUGUGAAUCAAGAGGCUUUGCUGGCAUAUGCACGAGAGGCAGCCGACUACGCCACCCACUACCAGCUGCCCACGCUGGACUAUGCCAUGAACCACUGCGAUCAGCCUGAUGUGGCCAUGUUUGAUUUCACAUGCAUGUACGCCUCAGAAAAUGCUGCUCUUGUCCGAGAGAGGUUUGGUCAUAGUGUACUGGUGGCACUAGUGGGAGACAGUCUUCUAGAGCCCUUCUGGCCUAUGGGGACCGGCUGUGCCCGCGGCUUCCUGGCAGCCUUUGACACAGCUUGGAUGGUAAAAAGUUGGGCGCAGGGAAGAAAUCCACUUGAGGUGCUGGCAGAGAGGGAGAGUCUGUACCGAUUGCUACCUCAGACAACACCUGAAAACAUUGCCAAAAACUUUGAUUUGUACACCAUAGAUCCAGGAACACGUUACCCCAACCUUAAUUCAAACUGUGUGAGGCCACACCAGGUCCGCAACAAUUAUAUCUGUGGAGAGAUGAAGUCGUGCUCUCUGGAAAGGGCUGCCACGAUUCGCCGCCCUGUCAACUUGGCCAGGCGAGAGUCUGAGAUCAGGCCGAGUCGGUUACUGACGUGGUGUCAGAAGCAGACAGAGGGCUACAAGGGUGUGAAUGUGACUGACCUCACUUCCUGUUGGAGCAGUGGCCUGGCUCUCUGUGCUCUCAUACAUCACUUCAGACCACAUCUCAUUGAUUACGAUUCUCUGAAUGAGCAAGACUGUGCCAGAAACCUUCAGCUGGCAUUUGAUGUGGCCGAGAAGGAGUUUGGCAUCAAGCCUUUCCUCACUGGGAAAGAGCUGGCGACAGGUCAGGAGCCGGACAAGACCAGCAUGGGCAACUACCUCUCCAAAUUCUACGAGCUCUUCCGGGGAACGCCUCUACCUCCCUCAGAUUCAAAGCGGGAUGGUGAUGCAAAUACUGAAAAAUGUCAAUCGGGUUCUCUCAGGCCUGUUUACAAGUCACCGAGUUUACCUCAGCCCCGUAAACGCAUACCUAAGAAUGAUAAAAAGAUUGAAGACAAUGAUGCCAUAUUCAAGAGAAGACGGAAAAUUGGUUACUUAGAAGAGACAACCAAAUCCUUCAAUCAGAGAUCUUCUGUAUCCAGCGAGGGGCAGGAACUGAAAGAAAACAAGGUCAAGUUUAUGGCCACCCAGCUUCUGGCAAAAUUUGAAGACAGCACAGCAAGCUGCUCUAUUCGCAGACAGUCUGACUGUAAUGAUGAGAGGCCUCCAAGACCUCCGUCGCUCGAUAUGACCGAUAGCCCUCUCUUUAACAUUAUCAGGAAGAAAGUCCCACCACCCCCACCCCCCAAAAAACAGUUUCCGUCCGUUGCCUGUGUACAACACAUUGAGGAACCCUUGGCUACUCUCUUCCCCUCGCUUCAUUCCAGUCCUCUGAUUCCACAGAGGAAACCGCUUCAGCCUACUCACACACACACUCACACACAAUCAGAGGCAGAGAACACAGCCGGGUCAGACUCAGGAAAUACAGCCACCUGCCACUCAGCAGUGCUGGCCAUGAGAGCAAUGCUUCAGCGCCUCCAGAGGGUGGAAGAGGAGAUUAGCCAGAGGAAAGCCCAGACUCAAAAGGCCAGGGAGUUUCAUAAAAAAAGCAUAAAGGAGAAGGCUGUGCAUUUGAGCGCUCUGUUCUCUGGUGAGGCCUGCUCUCCACAUCAGAUGGAUAUACCUCAGACUGGGCAGCUAGAUAUGCAGCUUUGUGAAGAGAAGAAAGAAUCAGCGAAAAGCUCAAAGCCUCACUCUUCAUCUCUCCAUUUCCCUCAUUCCAUCCCACCGACCACUCCUUCAUGCCCUGUCCCACAAUGCACUGCUGCUUCCUGUCCUUCAUCUCCUCUCAUUUCCUCCAAUCCCUCUCUGCUGUUGCAGCAGGUUUCUAGACCCAAACCAUUACAUGUCCAGCAUUUUAAAAAGGAGAUACAGGGAGAAACAGUGAGUCUGUCCCAUCUGUUAAGCAGUCACAGAAUGUCUUAUUCAGAACAUCUAGGCAAAACACAGAUCCCCCAAUCAGAGGAAAACAGAAACUUUAAAGUACAUGAUAAGACCAGUUCUUCCACUACCCAUCCUCAUCAAUCUAACUCCAUAACAUUUCGCCCCAUCCCAGAAUGCCCUGCUCCUCUCCAUCUUUCCUUUACAUUCUCCUCUGCUUCCUCAUUAAGCAGUAAAUUAAAUCCAGAAAUACUUUAUGGCAUAAUCAUGCAAGGAGAAGCAAAGAGUAACUCACAAGUGUCUGCCACCAGCAGUAGCACAACAUCAUUUACUGUACGAAAACAAACAGAUGUUCCUCCGUCAAAUGGAGACUCGUAUGCUCCCAAACAGCGUGCAGUAGGCAAAGUGUCUCUGAUAGCGGCCACUAGAGCUGACAGCCUGGUUACCCUCUGUGAAAAUGAUCAUAGACCUCAGGCAAACAGCUCAGACACUCCGCCUUCCAUAAAAAGAGAGUUUCCUCAGAGUCUGGGAGAUGUGUGUCAUGAGUGUAAGAAACGGGUGUUUGUUGUGGAGAGGCUCAGCGCAGAGGGAUUUCACUUCCACAGGGAAUGUUUCCGCUGUCAUACAUGCAAAGCUCCGCUGCGCCAGGGAGGACAUUCCUUCGAUUCAGAGGAAGGAAAGCUGUACUGCAAACUCCACUUCGCUCAAAGGAAACCCUUAGUUAAGAAUGGGAGGACACCAAUUCUGCACACGACGAGUAAUGAUGACACUCCCGGUGGCUCCAGCUGGAGUCCAGAAGGACGUGAGCAUUGUCUCCAGGACGAGUCUUCAGGUAUUCUGUCCUCGCUGAAGAGAAGCCUGCGCUGGCCGCUGCACGUGAGCCAGACUGUGUGUGCUGUGCCUCGUCGUGUGUUUAACUGGCUGCAUGGUAAAGUGUGGGCCACAGGAGUCCACCUGAGGGAUAAUGCAGAGGAUUACGUCUUCCUGUACGAACUGCUCAGUGUGAGUCUGCCUCUUCUCAUGGUUCUCCAUGAACAGCUUGUCCAAAUGUACGCAGAUGCCGAACCUCUCGAUCUACAGCCUGUACAGCGCUGGCUGGAAGAGCACAUGGCCCACUGGGUCUUAGCGUGAGAGAAACAUCAUCAGGUCCCUUUAAAAGGGUUAAUAUGUAGAUGAAAAUGGCUGUGGACUGAAAAACACAACCUUGAGAUAGAAAGUAACAGAUGUUUUCAUGCACAAAAUGAUCUGAACUUGAUCUGAACGGCGCAUCAGCAUUCAUUUCUUACUUUUUCUAAAAGUAGAAGUGAAAUGGCUUGUUUUGGAGUGUGCGUAGUUUGGGUAAAGAGAUAAAAGUGUCAAACGCGGAGUGAACUUCAAGCACUUUAAUGAGUGAGCUGCCUUCAUAUGCACGAUUAAGAGUGACGUUCUGCUUUUAAUUAUUAAUGAACAUUUUUUAUUGAGACUGCAAGUUACAAAACCUGACUGAUCAAGCUGCAAGCACGUCACGUCUACUCUGUUAACCAUUCACGAAUAUGGAAGUCACACUAUUCUCGCAUGUUUACACUUCAUAUGAAAAACAUACAGCAAACAUACAGCUGUUAAAAGGAAUGUUCCAGGUUCAACGCAAGAUAAUCUACUGACAGCAUCUGUGAAAAUGUUGUCGACUACCACAGAAAAUAACUGCAUCUCACCCUUAUAUUGUUAAAACAAACAAGAAUUACAAUGGAAGUCUAUGGAACAAGACAUUUCAGAGGGUUUAAAGUGGAAAUGUGCAUCUCCUGUAGUAAUUCUUCAAAACAAAAGUGAGUUGUCUAAAAUUGCCAAAAAGGUGACAUUUUUAGUGGUUUAACACACUAGACUAUGUUAAAGAAAUGGUUCACCCAAAAAAAUGAAAAUUACCCCAUGAUUUACUCAUCCUAAAGCCAUCCUAGGUGUAUUUGACUUCCUUCUUUCAGACGAAUACAAUUGGAGUUAUAUUAAACAACUGUCCUGGCUCUUGCAAGCUUUAUAAUAGCAGUGAAUGGCUGUUGAGAUUUUGAAGCAAAAUAAAGUACGUCCAUCCAUCAUAAAAAGUACUCCACAUGGCUCUGGGGGUUUAAUAAAGGCCUUCUGAAGCAAAUCGAUGUGUUUGUGUAAGAAAAAUAUGCAUAUUUACAACUUUAUAACCUGUAAUCUCUAGCUUCCGCUAACUGACGUAUGCGUGUUCAUGAGAGAGUGGCGUAUGACGUAGGCAAAACAAAACACUAGUCACAAAUUAAAAGUCAAAAAUAAGUAUUUGUAAGGAAAAAUGUUGGAGGAUUUCGAUAUAGGCCAAAAGGAGACUGGUUUUUCAAAACUUUUCCAAAACCAAAUAUUCUCACCUUACGCUCACCUUAAGCUUACACUACACCUACGUUAAUAACGUCCUGCGUCAUUCACUGGAACGCCACUCUUGCGUGAACACAUGUACAACAUUUAGUGGAAGAAAUUAUGGUUUCUAAAGUGGUAAAUGUAGAUAUUUUUCUUACACAAACGCAUCAGUUUGCUUCAGAAGGCCUUUAUUAACCUCUGGAGCCAAGUGGACUACUUUUUAAUGAUGGAUGGAUGCACUUUAUUGGACUUCAAAAUCUCAACACCCAUUCACUGCCAUUAUAAAGCUUGGAAGAGCCAGGAAAUUUUUUUAAUACAACUCCGAUCGUAAUCAUCUGAAUAAAAGUAAAAAGUCAUCUAGGAAGGCUUGAGCUUGAGUAAAUCUUGAGGUAAUUUUCAUUUUUUGAGUGAGCUAUUCUUUUUAACACAGUGUGUUGACUUGUGCAUGGGCUUUCAAAACUAUGUGAUAAUUUUUGAACGUGUAAUCCUGUGUUUUGUCUGGUCCUGUAGACUUCCAUUGUAAGUGCAUUACUGUAAACAUGAUUUUUGCUGGAUUUUACAAUUAUUUUCUGUGUUAAUCAGUAUAUCACAGAUGCUGUACAUGGAGCUCAUCUUAAAGUUUAACUUUAAGCUAUAAAGACAGUCUGUGCUCUCACACGUGUGCUGUAUAUGUUCAAGGGAUGCACCGAUAUGGACAUUUUAGCAGAUAACAAUGAUUAUUUAUAUUUUAAUCCAGUUGCUGUACUGGUUGAUAUUACAUAUACAAAAAAAUCCAUUAAAAAUCCAGAUUUGAAUUAGGUGCAACAACAGAAAACAUUUAAACCUUUUGAGUAAAGAAAUUUGUAUAACAAGGAUAAUAUAUUAAUAUCCAAAACCUUUUUUUUUUAAUACAGGGUCUAUGAUCAUUUGGCCUUUAUUUAUUAAUUGUGACCCUGGACGACAAAACCAGUCAUAAGGGUACAUUUUUUGAAAUUGAGAUUUAUACAUCAUCUGAAAGCUGCAUGAGUAAGCUUUCCAUUGACGUAUAGGACAACAUUUGGCCUGUUUGAAAAUCUGGAAUCUGAGGGUGCAAAAACAAUCAAAAUAUUGAGAAAAACACUUUUAAAGUUGUCCAAAUUAAUAUUAUUAAUCGAGUUUUCAUAUAUUUACGGUAUGAAAUUUACAAAAUAUCUUCAUGGAACAUAAUUUGUACUUAAUAUCCUAAUGAUUUUUGGCAUAAAAGAAAAAUAGAUUAUUUUGACCCAUUUUUGGCCAUUGCUACAAAUAUACCCGUACUACUUAAGACUGGUUUUGUGGUCCAGCGUCACAAUUAAAUAUAGGCCUCUCAGCUUAUUUUACUUAAUGAACCAAUACAGAUAACAUCAAAAAGUCACAUUUACUGGCUAACAUGACUACAGAUAUAUCAUGCAUCCCUAUAUGUAACAAAGAGCAAAUAUGUAAGCAUUAUACUUUGUUCUCAGGCUCAUUUUUAAAGUUCUCAUGAACAGUUCCAAAUGCACAUGUAUUAAUGUCAUUUGUUUACUCCUGUAGUCUCAAUCACUCAAAUUCAUGUCACAUUACACGCACCAUCAAACUACUAAUGCACCAGUACAGUACCUUUGGUUUGACUUGUGUCACACUUAUGAGUCGUGGCAGAAACACUACUUGUAAACGUCCUCUCAUUUGAUUCACUGGACUGUGUAUGCAGUUUCUUUUGAUGUCAUUUGCUACCUAUCAUGUGCUGUCUGAGGACAGAGCAAUACUGUACUUGUAGAUUUUACAGUAACACAUUGAAGUGCAAUUAAAAUGCACGUUUUUAUUCCAGUCUGAACUUACUGAGAAGUAUUAAUAAUAUAAAACAUACUUUUUGUUGACACUGGAAGGCGAUUGUUCGAUUGUGAUCUAUUAAUUGGUAUGAAAGGUGAUUGCAGAUUGAUCAUCGAAUGACAUGCAUGAAAAUAAAGCAUGGAUGAUUAAAUCCACUAAAUCAAUUUUUGUGCAUUAAGCGGCUCAUUUCGAAACACUGUUUACAGGCUGCGUUUAAUAUGAUUCACUUCUCAUGUACGUUUCUCCUUUUUUAUUCACUUGUAGUCCUUUUCGACCUCUCCACUGCAUCUGCUCCUGACUCGCUGUGAGCAAUGCUCAUCCAAAGGUGAUCGUCUGCAAGGUCACUUGUUGUGUCUUUGACCUUCCAGAGCCGCGUGUUUCGCAGCUGUGGAAAUGCACGCUGCAUGACACUAACCGUCUGCCUCUGAUUCUUUCAUCUGCACGUCACGUCUGACAUGUUUCUCUUUUCUGUCUUUCUUCAAGGCUUGUUAAUUACUUGCUCAUGCAGCCUCUGUCUUUUUUUCGUUUCUGUUGCAGAGGUGGCUUACAUUUCAGAAACCUACACGCAGGCGCCCGUGUGCCUCUAUGAAAGCAGGUCCUUAGGCUAUUAGUUAAAGUAGCACCUUUGAUUUGACAUGUUGUAAAACUGUUUGAAGUUUUUGCUGUUUGUUUUCCAUUUGAAACAUUUGUUGUUGCCUUAUUUAUGUUAUACCAUACACUUGCAAUAAAAGAAAUAUCUUGU